AUGGCGAAUUGGCUCUACGACGCCGUGCCCGGUGACGAUGAGAAGAAGUUAUCCACGUAUACAAUUUGGGUCAUGUACGAGGCUGCAAACAACAAGAACCAAGUUGAAGGACUUCCUUUUAUGGCGUGGCGUACAGCAACUACCUAUAUUAAGGAGUCAAGGAUUGUCAAUAAUACCCACAUGGUGCCAUCUAUCGAGGAAGAAGACGAGGGUAUUCAUAAAGAAAUACCUUCUAAGGGGCCAAAUCAGCCAAGUCAAGAUGUCUGCGAUACCUACCUCUUCAGUGCCACUCUAAGCAAGAUCCUUGGAUCCGUACAGCAAGGUGCCACCCGACAAAUAUGGACGUCAACCUGUUGA